CAUCUGGGAUUUGACAUUUUUCUCACAAAUAGACAGAUUGUGGUUGGUAUAUUUUCAUUGACCGAUUGUUACGUAAAAAAUAACAUGUUUCAGGUGUUAAGACAUACAUCGAGUUUAUCUAGAACUCAGCUGUCUAGGUCUUUGCCUGCCUUUUCGACAUGUCCAACGUAUAUGAAACUGGCCGAUUGCGAUCCUAUUUGUCGAAAAGAGGCUCCUAAAAUCGAGAAUGACGCCGUAACUGCGCUGCCUGAAGAGGCACGUCAAAGACAUGCUUUGGAUUCCACUAUCACGGUCCCACUCAAGGUGGACCUGACUCCUGUUAGUGGAGUACCAGAGGAACACAUCAGGUGUCGUCGGGUGCGCAUCUAUCAACAACCGAAGAACGCAAUGCAAAGUGGUACAAGCAACAUCCACCAUUGGGAGAUGGAGUUUGACACUCGUCAGCGUUGGGAAAAUCCCCUGAUGGGUUGGACAUCAACUGGAGAUCCGCUGUCCAACAUGAAGGUUGUCUUCAGAUCUCCAGAUGAAGCCAUUCAGCAUUGCGAAAAGAAUGGAUGGUCCUGGUACCUCGACGUACCUAAAAUACAGAAGGCGUUCAAGCCCAAGAGCUACUCAGUCAACUUCUCAUGGAACAAACGCACCAGGGUGUCUACGAAGUAAAUGUUAGUAUAAUGACUUGAUUCUGUUAUUUUUUUUAUGCAUAGAUAAAUUCAACCGUAACAACUAUCAAAUGAUUUAGGAUGCAGAACAUAUUAAAUAGAAAUCCUGUAUAAAUUAUUAGUCAACUAAAUAAAUUAUUUGUUUCUGAUGCAGAA